UUUGCAGGUCACGGAGAUGGACACCUCUGACAGGAAGUUACAGCAGAAGGCUCUGCAGCAACCUAAGCAGAAGAAAUCCAAGUCGGCUGAAUUUCUGAUGGGUGAGGAAGACAGCGACACUGUAGUGGGCAUAGAUAACCCAGCCUUCGAUGGAGAAGGAAGCACUGAGCUUCCUCCGACUUGGCUGGGGAGAAAAAUGCGAGGUGACAGGCCGGAUAGCACCCUUGCAGCUCACCAUAAAAAAAUGGAGCUGCAAGCCCCUGCCAAAGAAAGAGGAAAUGAACAUGCCCAAAAUUACUUUGACCCAUCGUCGGCAGAGCAGAUAGACCCUAGGCAUCACAGGACGACUGGGGUCAGCACUAAAGAUGAGUUGGAAUUAACAAUACUAAACGCAGAUGAAAACAGGUUGUAUGAAAGGAUGGCGGCUUUGCUGGAGGACGAUGACACGUCUUUAGACAUACCUGGUACACUACAAGCCUCCAGGGAUGAUGAGGUGUUGGAGGUGAAGGCGGGUGAUCUGGUGCUUCAGCGGCGACUGCUGCUCCACAGUGGUGGUGACGCCUCGGGCUCUGGGCCCUCGCAGGCCCACGCCACUGCCAAAACACGAGCCAAGGGUGGAGAACUCCAAGCAGGGAGGAUGGAGAUGGGCACUGUAAAAACGAGGACAGCUGAGGAAGUGAUUCCCCACUACGCCCAGCAGCUGAGGGAGCGUGUGCAGCCUGACAUGAUCACGCUUGGCAGCCUUUCACUGCAGCAGCAACAAGCUCAGAAUAAACCCUUGAAGAUGACUGAAUGGGAAAAGAGAAAGAAAAGGCUGGCUUCCCUUUUCACCGGGAACAGUGAGGGCUUUCUAAAGAAUGCGUCCUCACCCAGAGACUGUGAUGAAGCGCUCAGACCACAGCCCAGGCUGAACACGCUGUUUCCAUGCGCUGAAAGCCCGUCAGUCAGCGUGCUGGGGGGAGGCCAAGGAGACGGCAAACACGGCCAGAUGACGGCACUCCUGGAAUCCUCCGCUUUGGCGUCACGCCCCCUGUGGCCGAGUGACGGGAGUUCCCUUCCUCAGCCUGUGGAGGUGCGUGUGUGUUGCCUAAGAGCCACCAGAGACAAACUUCCCAGAGGCCUCUACUCUAUCCGGGUGACGCUCCACAGCCGUCUAGGGGGUUCGACUCUUGCUUUCCGCGGUCUGAACAAGCAGCAGGACGCGGGAAUGUCCACGGAGCCGACGGAGCACCGUGGCCGCUUCUACCACAACGAUCUACCGAUUAACCAGAGCCUGUUCAUGAACUUACCUGCUGCCUGUGAUGUCAGCCCCUCCAUGGUCCUGGUAUUCCAGCUCAUCAACCUAGCUGGGCACAGCGGCCAUGUCAGCUCUACUCUAUCCUGGGGUGCUUUUCCUAUUUGUGGGCCAAGCUUCUGUCUGGUCCAGGGCAAGUUCAAAACUCCAUUGUUGAGGGGGGAGCCCAACCAACAAAUGGACCAAUUUAGGAAGAUCGAGGCCCAAAUCUGCUCUGACCUGGACCACUGGCUUUGCAACUUAUAUUUUCAGGUGAAAGGGCUCCCACCAGGCACAUCUGUGCAGUCUGAGCUCUCCAUGGUGGCACUGAACCCUCCUGCGAUCAAACCUGAAAUCCAUCACGAUCAAGCCCAGCCUCGGCCCCCGUCCCACUCACUUCUCUGUCCCCAGCCCGAGUCCCAAACCCAGCUGUGUGCCGGCCCCAGCUGCAGAGGAGAGCCCGUUGUUCUGCAUUCGCAUCAGGGGUCUUGUCUCCAUCUGUCAGCUGAUUCCGCUUGCUCUUCCUCGUCUCUCCCAGGAAAAACUGACCCUCUCUCUGGGAGUAGCGAGGGGAGGAGUGAUCCGUCCAGAGAGGGCGCAGAGGGUGGGAACCACUGCAAGAAGAAGCCAAUCAAGAAGACAAAUAGCUGUGGCCCCAGCAUGAGCGGCAGAAGCGCACCGCCUCGGCAGGCAGGCAAACACAAGACGCAGACUUCAACGGAAACCCUCUCUGCAGAAGAGAUAGAGGAGUAUACGUUCUCUCUACAGUCAGCCCCAACUGGACCGAGUCCUCCACCCCUCACCGACCGAGUCCGCAUCGCCCUCUGCAUGCUGCUGUCCGAGCUGGGCCUGCCGUUGCUGCGGCAACAACAUCAACAACACCUGAAUGGGAGCUGGCAUGACUCCGUUCAGCAGCUCGGCCUCAUUAUGCUGCUCCUAACUUUGAUGUGGUUUGCGAGGCUUUACCUGCAUUACUGCAGCCAGUGGCUCUACCUUCAGGCCAUAGCGGUUCCUGUCAACAAAUUCCGCUUCCACGCACACACAGUGGAGCUCGUCUACCAGAGUUCUUUGCUCCACACCCGGGAGGAACUGGCUAUGGUGAUGGUGGGUCCCCUGACCUUGAACGCAGUAACGUUCCUGCUGGUUCUGAUCAGAUGGGGCUGUCAACUGAUAUUUGGCUCACUCCCUUCAUUCAUGUCAAAGUUUAUCAUGGCUCAGGGAGUGUGGACAGUCCUCGACCCCCUAGCAGUCUUUGCUGUGGACGCCGUCCUCGGGCGUCUCUCUUACAGCCCUGAUGUACCAGUGGGCGAUGCAGCUAAGCUUUACUGGCACUUUUAUCGAGCUGACCGGUCAGGUGCAGCAGGAGUGAUCAUCACUCUAUUCCUGUAUGGAGUCCAUUUCCUGCUCUCCAUUACUAUUCUGUCUAUUUACCUGCUCAGGUUCCACAACGAUGGCCGCAUGCUAGACGUCUUCCAGCGACUCACCGCUAAGGAGGGAAAAUACUUCUUGCCUCAAGACCUUGAGCUGUCCAAUCAGGAGCUUAGCUACAUCGUCAAAAAAGCUGAGCAGUGGAGAGGCUUCAAUGGGGAGAGGCGUAAGGUGGCUGUUUAUGAUUAUGUCUGGACGGCGGAGGACGUCCUGUCGAGUACUGCCGAUCCGGGAGAGGAGCCCCACAUGGAGGCACCACCACCACUAGAGGGUGAGACCAGUACCCAUGUGAUCAUCUACACUCUGUACGUGAGCGGGCUGAAGCAAAGAUACAGGCACUUCCUCCGUCAACCUGAUGGGGCGAUUGUUGAGGUGAUAGGUGAAAUAGAUGGAGAUGACAGCGGAACUGGCUCAGGUCACAGUGCUGGCCAUCAGAAAGAGGAGAGUAAAAGUGCAAGCCAUUCAAUCCAACUGCGAAAGCGAAAGAAACCAUUAAGCCGAUUCCACCGUGUUGAGCCUUUAGGAGGUAGUGGACGUGGUUCCAGUUCUGCUCUACAAGACCUUCAUGAAUGAUUUUAAAAUCAGAUUAGGAUUCCCCAAUAUGACACCAGUUACAUGGAUGUUGUGUUGACAUGAGUUCUAUUCCUCUUUCGUCUUAGUUGAUUGGGCUUUGUACGGUUUUAUCCAAAACAAAAGCUUGACUAAUGGCAUGACUCAGAAACAAAUGUUGAGUUGUUUGCCACAGUGUCAGGUCUAUACAACCUAAUGCUCACAAACAAAGCAUGUGAACCCAUCUGUAUUUCAAUAAAUGCUUCAGCAACACUUGUAAUGAAUGCAGGUAGUCAAAUAUCCCACAAUGCCUCAACGCUGUGAAAUAUGAAGAUUCUUAAAGUCACUAAUCAGAAGACGAGUGAUAAAAUAUCAAUUUUGGCCUUACAUUAAACAGGAUAAUAUUCAGGCCAGCUUGAUUUGUAUUGAAUAUGUGUCUGCUAGCCGGUGCUUAGUGUAAUGAAGUGGCUCACAAAUCAGGCUGUAAUGGCCUCCUACUUACACAUAUUGCUUAAUUAAAGGUUGUGAGCUUAUUAGCAUGUGUCUCUGGCGCGGGCUACGGGAAAAUGGGGAGCAGGACUGAUGUCAUUCAGGGCUUGGCUUUAAAGGUUUUAUAGAUAGAGGAACCUAUCAUACUAAAGCUAUUGCCCCUCUAAAAUCUGAUCUUAAUAACCAAUCAUUUUCAUUGAUGAUGAUUUGCCUUUAUGAGCAGCCAUUACAGAUCAAGUUCAGGGUCUCUCUGAAUGGCGAUAGCCUCCAUUUUUGCUCGUCAUAAUCAGCGGCACACCUUACUUUGGCCUUGAAGUUGCUCCAUGUUUCAACCAUUGCUGUCUUGGCCUUGGGGUGUGGAGAGGAUUGCAUAUGGACACGCAUAUUCAAAUGUAGAACUCUGGCAUAAAAUUACACUGUUUAAACAAAAGAGCCCAGUUAUCUGUGAUUUGAAUUUUGAAAAAAUAACAAAAUACAGUUUAAAUUCUAUGAUUAACAAAUAAACUCCUGUAUCUUCAAAUACUAAAUACGUUAUUUUCUGCUCCAUAAGGCACACUUAAAAGUCUUUAAUAUGAUUUUUUUUCUUUUUAAACUACAGUGUGCCUUAUAAUCUUGAGAGACUAUUAGGAUUAAGGUACAUGUUUGACUGGGUGUUUUUCUAAGAAUGCUAACACGACUAUCGUGUAGGGAUGUUUGACAGUGGGGUUUUUGAGAGGGACCUGGUUUCAGGCCAGAUGACGCUUAAACACAACAUUAAACUCACCAUUAGCCAGAAGCAGAAAUUUUGCAACUGUACCAAGAAGCUAAAUUUGCGGAUCUGUACUAGAGAAGUCUUAACCUUCACGGUAACCCUUUCCCUAACUCUUACCCUAAUCGUAACCUGUUUCCAAGGUUU